GAAGCCACUAAAAUGGAGUCAUAGCCUCACCUCUCUUAAAAGUUUGUGUAUCGGAAAUUGUAGGAUCUCAUUUCUAAACACCAUUUUGCUUCCCAAUUUGAGUGAUCUUGAAAUUAGAAAUUGCAAGGCUCUGAAAUCUAUGCCGAAAAGAUUGAAGCAAAACAACAUAGAAAGUUUGAGAAUUGAUUAUUGUGAUUCUCUAUUAUUCAUUGCAAGAAACACACUGCCUUCGUCUCUAAAAAGCCUUAGUAUAUGGGGUUGUAAGAAAUUACAACAUUUGGAGGGCAUCAAUUCUACUCCUCUCGAGUACUUGUCUAUUUCCGAUUGCGAGUCUCUCAUGUGCCUAUCAUCACGAGCAUUGUUGCCUAAGACACUCAAAAGUCUUUGUAUUUAUAGGUGUCGAAAUCUCACAACAUUAUUAUCAACAAGGUGGUGCGUACAUGAAUCACUUGAGAUCCUCUGUAUUUAUGAUUGUCCAAAGCUAAAGUCACUAGAAGAGGCAUUUAAUAAUAGCCCCCGUCUUCAAGCUGUACAGUUAGUGGGUCUUCAAAAUCUUGAAUCCAAUAGAUUGUUCGGCCUACAGAAUCUUACCGGUCUUGAAUAUUUAACACUACAUGAUUCUUGGGACUUCAGCAUUGGGGAAGAGGUCGAAAUUAGUAAGAGACUGAUUAGAUGGGGAUUGCACAAUCUCACCUCUCUUAAACAUCUUCAAAUUAAGGGGUUUGAAGAUCCAGAGCUUAUUCUAUCGGAGGACCAGCAAAUGCCCAUUUCUCUUGAAUCUUUGAAGAUCUCUAAUUUCGCACCGUUCAGAUCUAUUUCAGAUUUGGGCACACUGACUUCUCUUACAGACUUGAUAAUUGAGGAUUCCCCAAAUCUCAAGUCAAUUCCAGACCUAGGAAGCCUCGUAUCACUUAAAAGCUUCCGGAUAGAGAGUUGCCUAAAGAUCAAAUCAAUUUCAGAUCUGGAAAGCCACACCUCCAUUGAAGAAUUCAUAAUUGGGAGUUGCCCAAAUCUCAAAUCAAUUGCAUGCCUGGGAUGCCUCACUUCUCUUCAAACCUUGAAGAUCUGGGAUUGCCCAAAUCUUGAAUCAAUUGCAUGCCUGGGAAGCCUCACUUCUCUUCAAACCUUGACGAUCUGGUAUUCCCUAAAGCUCAAAUCCUUGCCAAGCCUGCCACCUUCGCUUCUGGAAUUAAAUAUUGUCGAAUGUCCAUUGCUAAAAAAACAGUGGAGAAGAGGAAAAGGGAAGUAUUGCUCAAAGAUAGCUCAUAUCCCUAAAGUUGAAAUAGAUUCCAAUUUGAUCUUCAAUUCAAAGGAGGAGAAUUGAGCUUAAUUAAGUGAAUUCAAGGAUGUAGUCAGAUAAUCAUCAAGAUAAUUGUCAAGGAUACAAUCACAAUGGUACUGUGUACUGAUGAGUUACACAUCUGCCAUUCAAAGGAAGAACAUUAAGAGGCAAAACUUUGAACUAUUUUGGAUUCAAAUUGAAGAAUCAAUCAGAUAAUUGUCUCAUUUCAAUCCAGAUAGGAGUUUCAUUUCAGAUGAUCACUUCGUUUUGAUUGAGGGGGAAUGAAAGUAGACUACGAUUGGGAAGGCUUAAAUUUUCCCUCUCCAAUUUCAUGAUCAGAAGGUGAAGAUUUGAGGAUAAAGCUGUCCUUAUAAGCCCAAAAUUAGCUUAAUUCUUAAGGAGGAAAUGAUGAGAGCAAAAUCAAGUAAUGGACAUUUACAUAUCCUAUAUAAGAACCGGUUGAAAUAUUUGAUGUUCAUUAACUGCAAGCACGUGAAUCCUAGGAUUGGAGUGAUGAAAUUGACAUAGCUUUGAUAGAUUGAUGCGUUACCUUGGGUGAAAGACUUGAAGCAUAUGUGGCCUACAAUAGCUAUAACCAAAUAAAGAUCUGAGUUUGUGACCAGUUCCUAUGGUGGAUAUCAAAAAGUACAAAAAUCUCCAAUAUUACAUCUCUUGAACUUCUGAAGAUCAGAAGAUGUCCUCUGUUUGAAUCUCAAGUCCUUACCAAAUGUCUUAUUGAUGCCUGUCCCCUAACUUGGUGCAACAAAGAAAAGGGAAGACCAGUCCAGAAUAAACCAUGUCCAUUUAAGAGAGAAUAGAUGGCUAGAAGUCUCUUGACGAAACUAGAUAAGUGAUUUAGCCAACAUGGCUUGAGAUUUGAAAUCUGAAGAGGGUUAAGGCCACUAACCAUCAGAUCAUUGCUUCACAAACUUGGGUGCUCCAUUCAGUCUCCAUGGUACAAUAAACUUAAUGUGAUGAUAAGAGGAAUGUGAAGCCUGAAAAACUGCAGUGGCAGGGCAACCAUGUAGGCACUUGAGUUGAGACAGUUUCUUCUUCCAGUGAAAAUUAAUUUGUUAAGAAAUUGUAUAGGAGUGUUCUGAGUUGUGAGGUCUUUCUAAUUGAUAAGAGCCAAACACUAUAGAAGAAAGUUUCACCUUUUGGUAUUUGCGAGCAAAAAGUGGGAGAGUGUUAAAAGAAAUAUGAGAGAUGGGUGUACAAGGCUUUUGGGUUUGGGUUUAGGCUUUAACAUGAGUGCAUUAGACAUGUACUUUUAUUUCCUAUUUAGUCAUUUGACUCCCAUUCCGUGGAUGUAGGCAUAAUUUGCCGAACCACGUAAAUUUGGUGUUCUUAUGCGUGUGUGAUUGUCUAUUUAUUUUUCGUAUCUUUUAGACCUAAUUAGAAUUCUAAAAUCUGUAUAAAGUAUGCCCCUGUAUAAGGUCGCUUUCUCCCAUACCCACCUAGAAAUGAGACAGGUGAUAUAAUCAAGUUGAUUUUACCUAGUUUGAUGUUGGAAAUGUUGUGAUAACCAUUGGAGAAAGGAAA